AUGGCGCCAAUUACAAGCGAAGGCAACAAGGACUUUGAAAAGCUAGUUCUCAUCGCGCAAGGGAAUAAAGCUCUAUCUGCUCACACUGUCCUGUCAAAAUACGAUAUCCAAAGCGAAGAUGACUUUACCAACGCCCUUUCCAGUCUAGUUCCACAUCCCAUUGCGCUUGCUUUUCAAUCCAACCGACGAAACACUGAAGGACCUGAAUGCAAUCAACAUGUUCGAUUUCGGCUAUGGAUGUGCCGAUUCAUUCGAGACUAUGCAAAAAUCAUGCUAUUGGAUUCCGUUGGUAUUCUUCACACAAAAAUUGAAAUGGACAAACUUGUCGGGAAACGAAAGUCACAGCGCCAGCUCAACAGAUUUUGGAGUAGUCAUGCUGAUACCUGUAUUCUUUGUGAUAGAGGUGUUAUGAAGAAGUAUGGGGCUUCCUUUGGGUGGAAGAAAUGUACCGAGUGCAAGGGAUGGGUCUGCCCGUACUGUGAUUGCCAAAAUUAUCAUCUUUUUCACCAGGCAAAACUGCUUGGGGUAAGCUUGGAAACGGGAAAAUGCAAGCCACAGUACAAGAAAAUAGCAGACAUGCGGACUGGCAAACCGAAUAAAGAAAGGCAAGUGGCUCCAAUAUCCACAAUGACAAAACAUCUUUCGCCAGCACAAGUAGCUCAGGAGAUAAAAAAGACACUGUCUCCUUGCUCCGUCAUUUCUGCCUCAAGCAAUGAUCGACAGACGCCACAUCUGGAAGCAAGACAGGAUGCUACGAUUGAACAAGAUUGUACAAGUGUCAAGCGGAAUGAGCCGUUUGAAGAGCGGGUCAAUUUUGUUCAGUAUUUGCAGGAAACGAACAGCAUGAUAGCUCUAGCCAAUCUGAUGGAUGGUCUGGAGUUACAAGGAUACGAUUUCGAACGGGAAAGUUUCAACUGUACCUUUGUAGAUAUUGAGUAG